GCAGCUAUUUCACUAUUCUGCAGUGUGGCGCGUUGGCUUUGCGUGUGGCAACGGGACUGUGGCGCAUUUGAGAAACGGCGCUCUGCCCUGACAGAAAAGAGCAACAAAACAGGAUUUUCAUUUCUCAAAGCCGAGUUGGGGGGUUCGGGGUACUUUUAGUCACAGAAGAUCAUCAGGAAGCGACUCGGAAAGAUGGAAGACAACGCGGAAAUAUCUUCCACGACCCCUCACGUAGGUGAGCACCAGCUUGGGGAAGACCGGCGGGUGGCGGAGCCGAGCUCGGAUUUCGCGCCGGCGAGCCGGUUCGAGGACCGCGAAGCCCUGUCCAAGUACGAGGAGGACAUCCUGGACCUGGCCGGCGGUGCGCAGGAAGCCAUCGAGCGCCACAGACAGUCCGACACCCCGGUGUCACACGACUUCUCAGCAUUCGACUCCUCCGGCCAAGUCGAGGAGCCUGAGGAGGACACGCUAAUGAACGCCGGCAGAGGCUUCGGCGACUCCCUGGGAGGACGAACCCCCACUGAGGGGUUCGGAGAAGCGGUGUCGUCGGAACCAGAAACAUCCCCGCCGGGUCCGGCGAGUACCGGGAAGGAGCCACGAUCCGCCUCGCCGCCGCCCAAUGAGCCUAUUUUUCCUCCUUCUGCUCCAUCUCAACCUUUGAUGCAUUCUUCUGCAGCAGGCAGGGCUGAACCACUGGGACAGGAGGGUGAUCCUUCUCGGCUUGGAUCUGUCACACUUCCUUCCUCUAUCUCUCCCCUCCAUUCUCCUGACUCUCUGGAGGAACUGUCUCUUUCUGAAAGCCCCAAUCAGGCCCCCAUGUCCAUGCCAUUUGGCUCCCAUGUGGUGCCAGCUACCGAGUUCCCUCAAAAACCAAGCCAGGAUGUGCCUUUGAAUGAAGACGUGAAUGUUUUUGAAUGUAAAACAGAGUCUAAAUUAAGCCUUGGUAGUGGAGAUCAGAGCAUCAUAAGCAAGAAAGAUGGAGAGACUACGAAGACAGCGACCAUGUCAGCUUUAGAAAGCGAUAGGUUGUUAAGCUCCUUUAUGACCUCCGAGAUAGAUCUAGGGUCCAAGAUAGAUACAGGAAAGUCUGCACGCUGUGAAGACAGUGGAGUUGCAUCCUCACCUGAUGAGAAGUUGGGCAGUUCAGUGGGGUCUCACGAGGACGCAAAAACCGAUAGUGAUAAAGAAGGGUUUGAUAAAGAUUCAGAAUCUGGAGAAUCCACUGGAUCAACUCCUACUCAAUCACCUGUCAACCCGAAGAUCACGGCUGAGUCUUUUCUUUCACACUCUUCCUUUAAUCCAACAGCAAACAUGGAUGUGCCCCACUAUGAAACUCAAGACAUCACAAAGGCUGUGGAUGAAACUGCUAAAGAUGUGCUUUCUGCAAAAACAUUGUGGUACGAAUCUGAUAUGGUAACAAGCAAAGCAGGGGCAGAUGAUGAUGAUGAUGAUGAUGAUGAUUUCAUGUUUGAGAUGAAGGCCUCUGCUGCUUCCAAGAACCCUUUCCAAGGGUUCUCUCCCAUUGGAGAUUCCAGCAGUGGGUUUCCACAGUUCAGCGAGGCUUCAGAUGGAAAGGCUGCAAAAGUGUCUGAAAGCCCAACGCCAGAUGUAGUGCAGCAUGCACAUGAUGGAGAUUUGCAAGAAACUGUUCUGACAAAACCUAAAGAAGAAGCAACUGUUGAUUUGGUACAAAUGGCUUCUGAUUCAGUCAUGGAACCGGUCAGUGCCUCAGUGCAGUCUGCUUUAACUGAAGGGUCUGAGGAAUCUCCAGUGCCACCUUCUCUUCCAGACAUCUUGAAAUCUUCUCCUUUGAAUCCUGACAAAAUAGAUUCAGGAUCAUCUGAGGAAAGUUCUGACUAUGAACACAGUCCAACUCAAGAAGUGAGAAUGGGAAACCUUUCAUCUACAAACCCUUUUGCCUUUGAUACCAAGAUUUCACUCCUGAAGGAAAUGGCAGAAGAGACAGAAGCUCGUGCAGCUGAGAAAGUAAAGCCAAACAUAGAAGCAUCAAGUGCUGAGAAAAUGUUUGGCGCUUUUGACCUGGUGAAGGAGGCUGAGACUACUACUAAAAGCAAAGAUUCAGAAGUAGAGGAGAAAGACUCUUUGUUUUCCGGUCAGGAUUCACCAAAAUUUGUCGAGCUGUCUCAGAUUAGGAACCCCCCUGCAUCUAUGAACCUGCCCACCAGCCCACCUAGUAAACCUGUAGCAGCUGAAGAAUCUGAUUCUGAAAGUCCAAUGACAGAUUCGUUGUCUCCGGUCUUGGAAGCAAUGGCAAAGAAUCCUGCAAGUUUUCAAGUUGAAGUUGAGAGCAAGAGUUUGGAAGAUUCCAAAACCUCACCUGUCAAGGCGAUGAAGGGUCUGUCAGAAGGUUAUUUAGAGGAACACGAGGCUUCUGAGCAGGAGGUCUCAUCAGAAGAAUUUGAGUUCAUAGAAAGGCCCCCGAAAGGUGUGAUGGAUGAGUUUUUGGAAACAUUGGACAGCUCCAAGUUUGCGAAAGUGCCAGAAAUGGGCACAGACGAUGACGCGUCACCUGGUUUUGGGCAGGCAGAGUUACCUGCAGACAUGACUUCUGAGCUGGGGUCACAUCAAAACUCCUACAUGCUGUUGACACAAUCAGCUGCUGGGGCUUCAUCCCCAAAACUGAAGAUGGAUCUGGAGAACCCAGUCGCUUCGUUCAAAGAGGUCGUACAUCAUGUCGACAAGGCUGCUGCCCCUUCGCUCGCCCCUCUCAUUCAGCCAAACAUAGAAGAGCCUGAGAAACCCACUGCUUCUCAGAAGAAGGAGGAGGACCAGAGGACCAAUGUGGCAACCUCCCCUGAAGCACCUAAUGCUGCUCAGUUGCCAACCUUGAGCGCAGAAACAGUGGUGGACCUCUUGUACUGGCGCGAUGUCAAGACGACGGGCGUGGUGUUCGGCGCCGCCCUCUUCCUGCUGCUCUCCCUGACCGUGUGCAGCAUCAUCAGCGUGUGCUCCUACGUGGCCCUGGCCCUGCUCUCGGUCACCAUCACGUUCAGGAUAUACAAGGGCAUCCUGCAGGCCGUCCAGAAAUCUGAUGAAGGACAUCCCUUCAAGGUCUACCUGGAGCAGGACGUGGCUCUGUCCGAGGACCUGGUCCACAAGUACAGCGACGUGACCCUGGUGCAUAUCAACAGCAUCCUGAAGGAGCUGCGGCGCCUCUUCUUGGUGGAAGAUCUGGUGGAUUCCCUCAAGUUCGCUGUGCUCAUGUGGAUCCUGACAUACGUCGGUGCCUUGUUCAACGGCCUCACUCUGCUCAUCCUUGGUCUCAUUGCGGUGUUCAGCUGCCCAGUUAUUUAUGAAAGACACCAGAAACAAAUUGACCAUUACUUGGCCCUGGCAAGAAACCAAAUGAAAGAUGUUGUUGGAAAGAUCCAGGCCAAGAUUCCUGGGAUGAAGCCCAAGACCGAGUGAGCGGCCGGAGAGUCUCUCUGGGGGGCCACAGGGGAGGAGCCAGGCCAGGCCAGUGGACAGCCCUUCACAUUUCAGAUGUACUUCUCACAACCCCUUUCCCCAGUUCAUCAGUUCUCUAGCUCUGCGACAAACUCGAUUGCACGUUAACCUGUUUUUUUAAUAACCAGCUCACGAGCCUUAGAAUCCCCCCCCCCCUCCGUAAAUGAAUUUGGAUCAAUUUUUUUUUUUUUUUUUUUUUAUUUAUUUGAGACGUGAAGGAACAGUCUUUUUUGAGAUUUACUCAUUCUUGGACAGGCUUGUGUAUAAGAGGAAACUCAAGGUGCACAAGGAGCUGGUUGUUUUCGUUCCUGUUUCACCCACGGUUCGUAUGGUCUUUUUUUUUUUUUUUUGAGCGAGGAAAACAAACAUCCAAGAUUGAAUGGUACCUUUUUUCUUCUCCUUUUGGUAUGAUAAAAAAAAAAAAUGUAGUGGUGUUGUGAUUUUACUGUUUUAUUGAUUGACUAUGUAGUAUUUCACAAAGCUUUGUAGCUUUCUUCAGCAGACCUACAGUGGAAGAGAGCUUCUCCAUAGCACCUCAUGCUUCAAGUGUUUCAACAAACAUUUAGUACUUUUGCGAGAAACUUUACUACAUUGUCAUUUCACGUCAUUGCAGCUGAGUAUUUAGGGGGAAAAAUAAAAAUGGAAAAAAAAAAACACGUUUACAACCAUUAAUAAAACUGCUGUCUGUGGACCCAAUAUUUAAAGCUGCAACACGUAUAAACUUUGGAAUUUCAAGCAUUGUUUGUUAUGCAAGUAAUUCAUUGUGAAUGAAACUUCAUACGAUUUGUGAUGAAUUCUGCUGAGAACUGUUCGUGAAAUGCAUUGUGAAAUGUUAACGAAUACCAAUAAAGCUUAAUAGACGAGC